AUGGGAUACACAGGGGAUACGCAGGGGAUACGCAGGGAUACGCGGGGGAUACGGCCCGACCCAUGUAUGAGAGGAUGCUACUGGAACCUUUCUCCUCUACGCCGCCACUGCACAGGCCAAUCUGCUGGAACCUUUCUGCUCUCCGCCGCCACUGCACAGGCCAUCCAUCCGCCACUGCCCCUCCUCCUCUCUGCCGACGCCGCCUCCCCUCCUGUCCGCUGGCGUCGCCUCCCCUCCUGUCUGCCGGCGUCGCCUCCCCUCCUGAUGCGCGCGGACAUGCCGAGCCGGCGGAAUGUGCCGCGCCGCUUCAUCCUGGGAAACGGCUUCCUCUGUCGGCAGGUAAGGCGCGCCGCUUCAUCCAGUUCAGCAGAUUCAGGCUUGCCACCAUCAUCAAAGAAAAGAAAAGGGAAGCAAUCAGAGAUUUUAGAAAGUUUUAAUGCUGAAACCCGACACAUUGCCAAUGGUCAUAUUGCAAGAUUGUUCUACACUGCAGGGCUUCCUUUCAAUGUGGCAAGGAACCCCAAUUAUCGGUCGUCUUACAAUUUUGUUGCAAACAACAAAAUGGGUGGUUAUGUGCCUCCAGGAUAUAAUGCAUUGAGGACAACUCUUCUCCAAAAAGAGAAGGCACAUGUUGAGAGGAUGCUUCAACCUAUCAAAUCCACGUGGCCCUUCAACAGAGUGACUAUUGCAGCUGAUGGGUGGACUGAUCCACAAAGACGCCCAAUUUUAAAUUUUAUAGCUGUGACAGAGGGUGCUCCAAUUUUCCUAAAAUCAAUUGACUCCGAAGGAGAGGUGAAAAGCAAGGAAUAUAUCUUCGAUAGGUUGAAGGAGGUGAUAGAGGAAGUUGGAUCAAAGAAUGUGGUCCAAGUGAUCACUGACAAUGCGGCAAAUUGCAAAGCCGUCGGAUUGAUGAUUGAAUCAAAGUACAAGAACAUCUUUUGGACUCCUUGCGUUGUGCACACCCUCAACCUUGCAUUGAAGAAUAUUUGUGCUCCAAAGGACAAUGAAGGCGACAAUAAAGAACUUGUUUGGAUCAAACACAUCUCAGAAGAUGCCUUCUAUAUCAAGAAUUACAUCAUGAAUCAUGGCAUGAGGUUGUCCAUGUUCAAUGAGUUUACCAAACUCAAGUUUCUUGCAGUUGCGGAAACAAGAUUUGCUAGUGUCAUUGUCAUGUUGAAGAGGUUCUUGCUUAUCAAGGAAGCAUUGAUGCUCAUGGUUGUUGGUGACAAGUGGAUGGCUUAUAGGGAGGACAAUCCAACCAAAGCUCAAGCGGUGAAGGAAAAGAUUAUCAAUGAUAUAUGGUGGGAUCAAGUUCAAUACAUUGUUGAUUUCACCGAUCCCAUUUAUUCAAUGCUACGGGCAGCUGACACAGACAAGCCAUGUCUCUAUUAG